UCGUGGGAGCCGGGAAGCGGAGGUUUAGCUCUAGUUGUGGGUCUGAAGCAGUUCCAUGGCAGGCAUUUCUGUGUUCGCUAUCUAUGUUUGCUCAUUUAGUUCGUAUUUAUGUCCGGCUUACUAGUGGAAGUCUCUAUGCUUAUGAUCACAAGAAAAAAAUGUCUGCAGCAUGCAGCUUCGUUGCACUCCAGACUGGGCAGAAGAUGCCUCUCAUAGGACUGGGAACUUGGAAAAGUGAACCUGGCCAAGUGAAAGCAGCAGUGACAUAUGCCCUUAGUGCGGGUUAUCGCCACAUCGAUUGCGCAGCAGCGUACUGCAACGAAGUGGAGAUUGGUGAAGCUUUCCAGGAAUGCAUUGGGCCCAACAAGAAUAUAAAAAGGGAGGACCUCUUUGUAACAUCAAAGCUCUGGAAUACCAAGCACCACCCAGAUGAUGUAGAGCCAGCACUAAGAAAAACACUUGGUGAUUUGAAACUGGAUUACCUGGACCUGUACCUCAUGCAUUGGCCUCAUGCUUUUGAACGAGGGGACAACAUCUUCCCGAAGAAUCCCGAUAACACAAUGCGUUAUGAUUACACUGAUUACAAGGACACUUGGAAGGCUAUGGAGAAGCUGGUAGAAAAAGGCCUUGUGAAAGCCAUUGGGCUGUCAAACUUCAAUAGUCGUCAGAUUGAUGAUGUGCUAAGUGUGGCUACUGUGAAACCAGCUGUGCUGCAGGUAGAAUGCCAUCCUUACCUAGCUCAGAAUGAGCUGAUAGCUCACUGCCAGAAGAGAGGACUGGUUGUCACUGCCUACAGUCCCCUUGGUUCUCCAGACCGCAUGUGGAAGCACCCAGAUGAGCCUGUGCUUCUAGAAGAACCUGGGAUCAAAAAACUGGCAGAAAAAUACAGCAAGUCACCUGCACAGAUCAUCCUCAGAUGGCAAGUGCAGCGUAAAGUGGUUGCCAUUCCCAAGAGUGUCACUCCAGCUCGCAUUCAGCAGAAUCUCCAGGUGUUUGAUUUCAGUCUCACAGAGGAGGAGAUGAAGCACAUUGGAAGCCUGAAUAAAAACUGGCGUUACAUUGUGCCAAUGAUUACGGUGAAUGGAAAGCUGGUAGCAAGAGAUGCUGGACAUCCCCAUUACCCCUUCAAUGAUCCUUAUUAACUACUGGAAAAUAAAGUGCGAGUGACAGGCUCCUCUGCACGCCCUUCCACAAAAUAAUUGUUGCCACAAUUCAUCGGAAAACCUAUCCAAAAAAAGCCUUCUUUCCUGAGUAGAUUUUCUUACAAUGUACUGCUUCUAAUUGACCUCCUCUGGAGUUUCCAUGCCAGAGUUUGUUGAUUUAUUACAAUGGCUGCAGGCUUGUUCCUGGAAGCAUCAAAUCUUUGGGGGAUUAGAGAGAGUGGGUGAGUCUAAAUCAAGUUCUAAACAUGUCCUUAUCAGGCUAAGCAAUGCUUUGGGUUUAUUGCCCGUGAAACAGUUUUGAAAGUUUUAGUUAUUGUCGGGUUGGGGAGAGGGAGGAAAGGGGAAAGGUGAAGGCAUGAAAGCGUCUUAAGAUUAAAAGCUGCUCAGUCUUCAACCUUAUCUUUUUUCAUACGGGGAAUAAAGUGAAGUGUGCUACAGUUGCACUGUAUCCGUAAACUGUUAAUUAACGCCCAAGUAACCAGCCAUGCCCAGUGUUUUUUUUGGUCAACUUUAGAAUACUUGAGGAACUUAGAAUCUUUUUAAUUUGCCUGUAGAAUUCAGGAGAAUAAAUUCAUGCCCUGGAGCAGGCCUUCAGGAUGGUUUUCUGUUGCUUGUCAUGUGGAUAGGUUUCAGCUCUGACAAUGGCUCUCAUUGUCCUGUGACAAAAGCCUCAAGAACUCUUCACCCUGGUUUUCCUGCAAAGUUGUCCAGCGUCUCUUUACUAAAGAUGUCCAUUUUGAGUUCUGGAAGGUCACAAAAUUAUUUCCUGACUAUACAGCAAAGACCUGUCAGGGGCCUCUUCCAUUUUCAUGGCACAUUUUUUGACUGCUGCCAGGGUUGAUGCUUGGGAAAGAUGGUCCUGUUCUACCACUGGCCUGCUGGUAACAGUGGGCAAGUAAUUUUCCUGUCCUGUGCCUGUAUUUUGCCACUUGCCACAUCUCUGUCACUCCCUAGCAGGGGACUAUUUACUGAGUGCUAGUGCACAGCUGAGCAGAACUGGAACUCUAUAGCUCUAACAGGGGGUUUACUUUGUUUCAGUCUCUUAAUGAAUUGUCUACCAUCUGAGUACAAAGGGCAUGAGAUAUUAGUACCUAUGAGUGCUCUGAUAGUGAUACCUUUUUUGGCCUCAGCAAUGUUUUCUCUACCUAUAAAAUGGGAUUAAUGGUUAUUUUCCUUGGUGCAGACAAGGCAGAGCAAGGCAGAAUUGCUAAAGGCCCUUGGGAUUUAAAACAAAGGAACCCUUUCAGAUCUCUUGAUGCCAGUCAGAGGCAUGACUUCUUGUUUUCUGGUGAAUAAAGCUUGACUGACUAUAAGUGAAAUAAAGAACGUUUAAAAUAAAUAUUUUUUCCCAUAGCAAUAAUUAAUAUAGAGCUAAAAAAAAUUCCUCUGUAUUCAAAUAGUUAAAGAAAAUGAACAAAUAUUUUCUUUUAAUUUUGAUAACCUCUUUUACAGUAGGUCUAUAGUAAAACUACAUCUUCAUCUCAAGUGUAGUGCUUCCUCAAGUAUUUCCUGCCCUGGGCCUCACAGUGUGCUGCCAAACUGGAACAAACCUGUUUGUCACUUUUUGUAAUCCUUCUGUAAAACUUAAAAGAACUUCUAUUCUUUAGGAAAGCAUUUCCUAAUUCCUGCUGAAUUCACCUCAGUGGAGAAAGCCAUUUUAGCUCAAUUAGGAUUCUUUACUAGACUGGAUAUUUUCUUCUAAGGGAAAUGAAAUCCCCCUUGUUUUGUUUUUUUUUUAUUAUUCUAAUCAAACACAGGUGCCUUUGAAUACAAAUCUGACUGCAAAUCAGUGGGGAAGCAAUUAUACUUUGAAGGCACUGUGUAGAAUGUUAACAGAAAUCAUCCUGCCAAGAAAAGUGGCUUUUGUUCUAUGUAUUUCCACUUGCAUGUUCACAUGUCUUAAAUAAAUACUGUAUUCUGUGCAUGA